AUGGCCGUUAAAACCCGCAAUUCAUCAAAAAAUGCAUCUAAGUCAAAUAAUACUAACAAAGUAUUAAAAAAAUCAAAAGCUAUUAAAAAAAAUAAAGAGAACCAUGAUAAUGAUUCUAAAUCAACAUCUCAAGAAAAGAAAGUAGAAUCUAAUAAAAUAAAAAAAAGUAUAAGCUUUGGUGAUACAACAAUAACUUCAAUAACUGAAAGCUGUGCAGGCACUGGAAAUAACAACAGUGUCUGCAAUGAAAUUAUAAAUGCUUUCGAAAAGAAGUACCAAAGGGAACAAAAACCAACAUUCAAUUAUCCUCUAAAAGGAAUUUUGAAAAAUAAAAAAAAGAGUUCUGAAGAAAGUGGUGCUAAUUUUAUCGACGAAAAUCUAACUCGUUGUUUAAGUGAUGUUUCAAAAAUAUUAGACACCAUAAAUUCAAGAUCUGAAGAGGAAAAGGAAAAAUAUGAAGUUGUAUUGAUGAAAAUCAAAGCAUUUGUGAAUGAUCAAUUUACAACAUUACUCAUGGACUGUAACAAUGAAAAAUCAAUGGAAAGUCUAUGUAAUAUUUUAUCUUCUUUCUGUGUAUUUGCGUUGAAAAAUUAUUCUUAUUAA